AUCCACAGUCUCAAGAUCCAGUUGUAUAUGAUAACGGUGUAAGCUAUAUGUUUGUACAGCAUAGCAAUGUUUACCUCAUGACAGCAACUAGACAAAACUGCAAUGCCGCUAGCCUCAUUUCCUUCCUUCAUCGUAUAGUUGAUGUGUUCAAGCAUUAUUUUGAGGAAUUGGAAGAGGAAUCUCUUAGGGAUAACUUUGUCGUUGUGUAUGAACUACUUGAUGAAAUAAUGUACUUUGGUUAUCCACAAUAUAGUGAGGCGAAAAUUCUUAGUGAAUUUAUUAAGACAGAUGCUUAUAGAAUGGAAGUUAAUCAGAGACCUCCAUGGCUGUAACAAAUGUUAUUUCGUGGCGCAGUGAAGGGAUAAACUACAAGAAAAAUGAGGUUUUCUUGGAUGUGGUGGAGAGUGUUAACAUACUUGUCAAUAGCAAUGGGCAAAUAAUUAGAUCUGAUGUCAUGAUUCAGAUCUUCUGGAUAUGCACAGUAUGUGGUGAACCUCUCUCCCAAACUGCUCAGUCAUUUAUGCCUGAGUUGAUGUAUGGAGUAAAUCAGAGUUUGGAAAAGGUUUUGCAUUCCUUUGAAUUCUCUCAAACUAUGCUGCCAAAAAAGUCCAAGAAGAAUAUAUCAACUCAACAUGAAGUCACUCAACCUCAAUCCAAUCAACCCCAACCUAUUCCGUACCUUAUUCAACCCCAACCCACUCCGCCUCAACCUAUUCCAUAUCUUAUUCAACCUCAAUUCACUCAACCUCAAUUCACUCAACCUCAACUCACUCAACCCCAUCCUUAA